UAUUUGACGAUUGCAUAUGGCACUCCGUUUGCUCACACGCGGUCAAAAGCAUCGGUCAUCAAAACACACUUUUCCCAGAACCCCAUCGCCAUCUCUCUUCGCCGCCGUAGUACGGUAGAGUACGCCGUCGUUCGCACACCGGUUGAAAUUCUCGUUGCAACAAACAAUCUGACUCUGCUAACUUCUGUUUCAGAUCCUUUGCUUUUUCAUUGCAUGGUCCCAGAUAAAGAAAUUCUAAAUUCUUUGUGUACUCGAAACCCUAUUUUUUAUUUUUAUUUUCUUUUUGAUUUCCCCUCCUUUGCUUGUGAUUUUCUCAAGCAGAGUUCCAUCGAAAGACACAAGAACAUACUGGUACGUUUCUUGUGAAUGAUAUAAUCUGAAUGGAUAUUGCCGAGUUCUUUAGGGAUACUGGUAUUCUAGAACUGGAAACAGGAUCGGUUAAAUUGGAGAAAAAUCUAGGUGGCGUAUCAAGUCAACAAAUACAAAACCAUACUGAUGUAACCCUAAAUAAAAGGUCCAAGAUUCAUGGUGUAAGACAAGAAACGGAAGAAAAUAGAAGCUCUAGUGGCACUAGUGUGUUGGAUCAAGAACAAUCACCAGCUGAUGAUGCAAAUCUGUGUUCAACAUCUCCAAUAUGUGCUGCACCUCUUUGCAGACAAUUUUGGAAAGCUGGAGCUUACAAUGAUGAUCUUACUCCUAAGUCCACAAUUAAAUCUGGUUCUAGUUAUCUACAUAUACACCCAAAAUUUCUUCACUCAAAUGCCACUUCUCACAAAUGGGCUUUUGGUGCCAUAGCUGAGCUUAUUGAUAACGCUGUGGAUGAGAUACAAAAGGAUGCCACGUAUGUAAUCAUAGACAAAACAACAAACCAAAGAAAUGGAAGCACAGCAUUGCUAAUUCAAGAUGAUGGAGGUGGAAUGGAUCCAGAAGCAAUGCGCAGGUGUUUGAGUUUUGGGUUUUCAGAAAAGAAGUCAAAAUUUGCAAUUGGGAAGUAUGGAAAUGGUUUUAAAACCAGCACUAUGAGGCUUGGAGCAGAUGUCAUAGUUUUCAGCCGCUAUUUGACUGACAGGACAUUGACUCAAAGCAUUGGUCUUCUAUCGUAUACAUUUUUAACACAAUCAGGAUAUGACAGGAUAGUUGUUCCCAUGGUUCACUAUGAGUUCAACUUUGUGACAGGGUGUUUUGACCCCAUACAAACUUCAAACUCAAACCUCUCAGUCCUCUUAAAAUGGUCUCCAUUUUCAACAGAGGAAGAGCUACUGAAGCAAUUUGAAGAUGUUGGUUCUCAUGGCACAAAAGUCAUCAUAUACAAUUUAUGGCUUGAUGAGGAUGGUAAUAUGGAGCUUGAUUUUGACUCAGAUCCCGAGGAUAUUUGUAUUGCUUGGGAUGGAAAAGGCAAAGUGAAAGAAGGGUCUCGUAUGGCAGUAAAUGAGCAGCACAUUGCUAAUCGCCUCAAAUAUUCUCUUCGUGCCUACUUAUCUGUUUUAUACUUAAAAUUACCUGACACAUUUGCAAUGGUGUUGAGAGGGAAAGUCGUUCUGUAUCAUAAUAUUGCCACAGACCUCAAACACACAGAAUUUAUCAUGUAUAAACCUCACAGUGAUGGGCGUUCAGAGGGUACAGUGAUUACAACUAUUGGGUUUGAUAAGGAUGCCCCAAAUGUGAAUGUCCAUGGUUUCAAUGUCUACCACAAAAACCGUUUGAUACUGCCAUUUUGGCCUGUUGUGAUCUUUGCUGACAGUAGGGGGAGAGGUGUUGUUGGUGUUCUUGAAGCAAACUUUAUUGAACCUACUCAUAAUAAACAAGAUUUUGAGAAAACUUCUGUUUUUCAAAAACUUGUUUCUCGAUUGAAAGAAAUGACAUGGGAAUACUGGGAUUAUCACUGUGGAUUGAUUGGGUAUCAAAUCAAGAAAAAAGCAAGACCACCAUCAGAAACCCCUGGUUCUUCUAAUUUUGUUCAUCAGCAUGUUAUGGAUCAAUGUGUUCCUAGGAAACGCCUUUCAGAGCCAGGACCGGGACCCACUAAAAAACCACCAUUGAUUGCUACUGUAAACAACAAAGCUGGUUAUUAUUCUAAUUCCUCUUUUCUAAAGCCAGUGGAAUUGAUACCCAACUUCCCUAAAGGGUUUGAACAAGUGGCAAAUCAGAAAAGGAGAGAGCAGCGUGAAAGGUUCCAGCCAGAGGCCCGGAUGGGGACAAGGAAUGAUUUGGUAAACAAUGGAGAGGCAAUGAACGUGAUAGAAGAAAACAAAAGGCUCAAAUCCCAAUGCUUGGAGUUUGAAAAGGCAGAAAAAGAACUCGAGUACAAGGUGAUGCGGCUUAAAAGGGAACUAGGAGAUGCCGAAAGAGAGUUUGCUGGUUUGUUGGCUGAAUUGCAGCAUCUGGAGAAAGUCAAGGGGGAAAAUUAAAAAAAACUAGUAGGCGGCAGGUGUAAAAUAAUGUGCAAUGUAUUUGUGUUAAAUAAUAAUUUCUAAUUUAGGAAAAUCCUUUUGUUCUAUUCCAAUCCUUUUGUUACAAG